AUGUCUACACACGAAAAGGAACACAACAUCGCUCAGGCGUCUUCAGACACCGCAGACUCAGAUUCACCGGCUGCCGGCUUUCGUCCCAAAGGAUGGAUGUACAAGACCCUUCGCCUCGGCCGUCUAGAGCUCUGGUACGCCUCACCAAAAGUCCAGCUCUUCAUGGUCUCCAUCGUCUGCUUCCUGUGCCCCGGCAUGUUCAACGCCCUGACGGGUCUCGGUGGUGGCGGUCAGGUCUCCAACGAGGCCCAGGAUCACGCCAACACAGCUCUUUACAGCACCUUUGCUGUCGUCGGUUUCUUUGCUGGAACUUUUGCCAAUAGGCUGGGACUGAGGUUGACUCUCUCCAUUGGAGGCUUAGGGUAUUGUGUCUACGCUGCUUCGUUCUUGUGCUACUCGCAUACUCAGAACAUGCCCUUUGUCGUCUUUGCUGGUGCCCUUCUUGGUGUUUGUGCUGGACUCUUGUGGGCUGCCCAGGGCUCUAUCAUGAUGUCUUAUCCUCCUGAGCAGAGCAAGGGACGAUAUAUCUCCUGGUUCUGGGUUAUCUUCAACAUGGGUGCUGUCAUCGGUUCUCUUAUCCCCCUCGCCCAAAACAUCAACAAGAAAGCAGGUCCCGUGUCUGAUGGUACUUAUGCCGCCUUCAUCGCCCUCAUGGCCAUCGGUGCCAUCCUCGCUCUCAUGAUCUGCGACGCCGACAAGAUCGUCCGUGAAGACAACACAAAGGUUAUCGUCAUGAAGAACCCCUCGUGGAGCACCGAGAUCAAGGGCCUCUGGGAGACUCUCUACAGCGCACCCUGGGUUGUCCUCCUCUUCCCCAUGUUCUUCUCCUCCAACAUCUUUUACACGUACCAAAACGUCAACAUGAACCUCGCCCAGUUCAACGUCCGCACCCGCGCUCUCAACAACCUGCUCUACUGGCUAGCCCAGAUCUUCGGCGCGCUCAUGAUCGGCUACGCCCUCGAUAUUUCGAGCGUUCGCCGCAGCGUCCGCGCAAAGAUCUCGCUCGUCGUCCUCUUUGUUCUGACUUUCGCUAUCUGGGGUGGUGGCUACGCCUGGCAAAAGGAUCAGCGACCUCGUGAGAUUGCUAUGAACCCCGCCAAUGAAGAUGACAAGAUCGACUGGGACGACGGUGCCAAGCGCUUCGUCGCUCCCAUGAUCCUCUACUUUUUCUACGGCUUCUUCGACGCCGCUUGGCAAACUUGCAUCUACUGGUACAUGGGCGCUCUCUCCAACUCUGGCCGCAAGACCGCCAACUUUGCUGGUUUCUACAAGGGUAUCCAAUCCGCCGGCGCUGCCAUCUUCUGGCGUAUGGACGGUCUCGGCAAGCCCUUCGACACCAUCUUUGCCGCAACAUGGGCCUGCCUCGGCGCCUCACUCGUCAUCGCUGCACCGGUAAUCUUUAUGAAGAUCCAAGACUCCAUCUCCAUGGAGGAAGACCUCAAGUUCAGCGACGAGAAGAUCGAAGACGUUGUCGUUGCGCCAACGACCAAGAAGACCACAGACAUUGAAUCUUGA